GCGGAGAGCCGGCGAGUGUGAGGGCGGACCCCGGAGGCGCCCGGACCAAUGGCUCACCGCGAGAGGCCGGGGGGCGGGGAAGACGGCAGCCGCGUGCCCAACCCGAGGCCCGGGAGGUGGUUGGGGAGUGAAUUUUCUGGAAGGCGACUUUAAAGGCGCCAGGCCGGAGCGAAGGGCGUUUGGGUGCCGCCGCCGCCGCCGCCGCUGCCGCCUCUGCCGCCGCUGCCGCCGCCCGGGUCGGGGAGGGGGCGCGUUGCAAGUAGGAAGCGAGGCGCUCCGGGGCCGUCGCGGGAGCAGCUGGGGACCCCCCGCAGGAUGAACCACAAGAGCAAGAAGCGCAUCCGCGAGGCCAAGCGGAGUGCGCGGCCGGAGCUCAAGGACUCGCUGGACUGGACCCGUCACAACUACUACGAGAGCUUCUCGCUGAACCCGGCGGCCGUGGCGGAUAACGUGGAAAGGGCAGACGCCUUACAGCUGUCGGUGGAAGAAUUUGUGGAGCGCUAUGAACGACCCUACAAGCCCGUGGUUCUGCUGAACGCCCAAGAGGGCUGGUCUGCGCAGGAGAAGUGGACCCUGGAGCGCCUGAAAAGGAAGUACCGGAACCAGAAGUUCAAGUGUGGCGAGGAUAAUGACGGCUACUCCGUGAAGAUGAAGAUGAAAUACUACAUCGAGUACAUGGAGAGCACUCGGGAUGACAGCCCCCUCUACAUCUUUGACAGCAGCUACGGUGAACACCCUAAAAGAAGGAAACUUCUGGAGGACUACAAAGUGCCCAAGUUUUUCACCGAUGACCUCUUCCAGUAUGCUGGGGAGAAACGCAGGCCGCCUUACAGGUGGUUUGUGAUGGGGCCACCACGCUCUGGAACCGGAAUUCACAUCGACCCUCUGGGAACCAGUGCCUGGAAUGCCUUAGUUCAGGGCCACAAGCGCUGGUGCCUGUUUCCUACCAGCACGCCUAGGGAGCUCAUCAAGGUGACCCGUGAAGAAGGAGGGAACCAGCAAGAUGAAGCCAUUACCUGGUUUAGUAUCAUUCAUCCCCGGACACAGCUUCCUACUUGGCCACCUGAAUUCAAACCCCUGGAAAUCUUACAAAAACCAGGAGAGACUGUCUUUGUACCAGGAGGCUGGUGGCACGUCGUCCUUAAUCUCGACACCACCAUUGCCAUCACCCAGAAUUUUGCCAGCAGCACCAAUUUCCCUGUUGUAUGGCACAAGACGGUAAGAGGGAGACCAAAGUUAUCGAGGAAAUGGUAUAGGAUCUUGAAGCAAGAGCACCCCGAGUUGGCGGUCCUGGCCGACUCUGUUGACCUUCAGGAGUCCACAGGUAUUGCCUCGGACAGCUCCAGUGACUCCUCCAGCUCCUCCAGCUCCAGCUCGUCGGACUCGGACUCCGAGUGUGAGUCUGGGUCUGAAGGUGAUGGCACAAUGCACCGCAGGAAGAAGCGGAGGACGUGCAGCAUGAUGGGAAAUGGGGACACCACCUCCCAGGAUGACUGUGUGAGCAAAGAACGCAGCUCCUCCAGGAUUAGGGACACUUGUGGAGGCCGGGCUCACCCCUGAGCAAAUAAAGAGACUCUCCCUGAGGUGGCUCCUGUGUACGCUGUUGGCGGCCACCUGACUCAGUUUUCACGUCUUCUGCUCCCACCUUCUCCUUUGUCUUCUUUGAAUUUGGAUAAUCCUUCUCUGGUCCAAGCUUCUGUCUUCGGUCAAAUGGUGUUUUUACUGCUUACUAAGAAUAGAUGGUCAAGAAGUGUCAAAACUCAGCAAGCUCAGUGAAACACGAAACACUGAAGGCUGCCGUGCUGUUGGGUGAGGAGGCCUAUGCUGUCUCACUUACACCACGACCUCGAGGCUGCAGGGCUGAGAUCCCUUGAGUAUCUCACUGCGUGUGAUAACCUCCCGACGUGGGUAAGGAACCUCUGCUCUCCGAGAGCCGGCUGUGCACAAGCAGGCCCCGAAGGGUGAGUGGACUUGGAUUCGUGUGUGAGCCAAUUACACAUAAAAAGUGCCGCGCAUGUGCCACUUCCCUGUCACUGUCCCAAAGCCGCACUCCCUGGCAGUGACCCAGCCAGCAAGUGCAGUGCCGCUCACUGCUGCGAGCGCUGUCUUUGGACACAUUUCCUUCUCACCACCAUCAGAGAGGCUCUUAAAUUUAAGCAGUGUGUUCGUAUAGUGUAUUUUGGGGGAGGGAUGACAUAUCAGGGUUUUUGUUUAGGAACAGUAUGGGAAUGGUGUUUGGUGUGUUUUAUCACAGAAUUUAAAUUAUGAAUAGGGCCAACUUCUAACAGAUGUGUCCUGUUCUUUCCUACCAUGUGAUCCAUAAGGCAGGAGCUCUCUGUAAGAGACUUCACGAUUAGUGCCCUUAUUUGUUUGACCAGCAGACGAGAGGUGGGUGGCUUGUGCUACAUGUCUGGAAAUAAAUCCAUAUAUGGUGCUUCCAGUCUUUGGGAUCUGUUUAGGAUUCUAAUAACUCUGGUAUGAAUACUUGGGAUUGACCAGCAGUUUCCAUUACUUGCUCUCUCAACUCACCUGCUUGCCUUAAUUGGUCCCUAAAUUCAUCUAAAUUUAAAUAAAAGUAAGGGGGGGCUUGUCAAGGAUAUUUCCAGUGGAGAGGACUGAGCAGCAUGUCCUGUUCUGGAUGGGAGUGUAGGUAAAGGCAUUAGCAGCCAGAGGGCAGCAAGAGCUCUCACUGGGGAGUGUUUGGGAGGAGCAGAGGAGUGUGUGCAGACAUCCUGGAGUUGUAUGGUUCCUCCCUCAACAUGGGUAUAAUCUGGGGAAUUCAGAUCUCUUCUGUGCAAAAGUCCUAUUUUUAACAGACUGAUUAUCAUUUCAUGACACUACCUCAGUCACGUGGCUUUCCUCUAGGAGGCUGAUCCCUUAUUUUGCCAUAGUCAGUUCUCAUUUGCGUUCUCAAAUGCCAAUCCAGAUGUGUGGCCAGAUUGGAUGGAAAACAUCUACUGCCUUCAUCGGUGCCUGUCACCUGCCCCAACGUGCUGCUCUCCUCUUCCCCACCAGGCUACAGGGGCUUAGGCUCUUGCUUCCAGGGUCUGUUUGGGUGUGCAUAAAGUCAAACCCCAAAUUUAUCAUUUCUUUGUGUUAACAAGGUGUUCCUCCGUCUCCUUUUUCAAAUUUUCUUGCCAUCUUCCAAAAUGGUUUUUUCUUUUCCCUAUAUUGCUAAGGGGCUGUCACACCUUCUCAAAUCCAUACCAACUUCUCUCUGAACUUCAGUUUAGAGAAGAAAAAAAAAAAAUCUAAAGGCCAUUCGCCGCCAGGGGGCGUGGUAGGACACUUUUGCAGUGGCUGGGAUGCCGAGGUUAGAAGUUUGAAUUGGAGAGAUGAGCCUUCCCCAGAGGCCAACGGUGUUCCUGUUUGACAAACCAUAUCCAGAAAUGAGGGCUCCAGCCCAUCUGACAGGCCCGCAGUCACCUCACCGGAAAGCAUCUGGAUCACACGGGUUACAUGCUGCCGUUCGGCUCUUACCACCCCGUGAGUGACCAUGGGGCAGGGCAGUCUUUAUUUAGCUAUGCCAGAGAUUCAAUACCUUCCCCCUGCCCACCUCCCAGCCCCGGCCCCUUUUAUCGUCCCUGUGGCCCAGCCAAGCACACCAUUAUGGAAAUAAAGCAGGGAUGAGUUGGGGAAACCGUGAGAGAGGAGUGCCGUGAUGACUGGAUGCUGGGGAUGAAGUAGGAAAUGGGAACCAGGGGCCCAUCUGUUCUGGAGUUAACCUUUUAACCCACCUGGCCUGAGCUCCCCCUUUGAGUGGUGUCAACAGCUUAGUAAGGGCAAGAACACAACAUGAAACUUCUUAGGGAUUCUUCUGCCAACUGAAAACCAACAAGCUGGCUCCUGGAAGAAGGGCUCUUGGACCAGUAGCUACUGAUAGGGAGCAGGGUUCAUGAAGACAGUGAGGGGCAGGGGAGGCUCUGGGCUUUGGGAACAAGCACCAAAGACUUAUCAUCAUCCUGAAGUAUCCAGGCUGCACACAGGCCUCCCUGGGGUCAGUAGUAGUGCUGGGAUAUUCAGGGUGACACCUUUGAGGGGAGAGCCACCGAACAGGGACGUUGUUCCUGUUUGGCUCAGGCUUACAGAUGCCCACUUACUAAUCAUCCAAGCAUUCAGCCUGUGUUUGAGUGCCAGGCACUGUUCUAGGUGCUGGAGAUGCAGCAGUGACAAGCUCAGGUCCCCCUCCUUAUGGAGCUGAAAGACUGAGUGCGCCAUGCAUGGUUCCCAACGGUCGCUGGUCAGAGUAGGUGGAGUCAGGCACAUCCAUUUCCACGACCAGAAAAGUAAGUUCAGACCUUACUAAAUUCAGGUUUAUGAGACCUUCAUAAAAGAACAUAAUUAACAUCAUAGCUAUGUUCUCAGCUUAGUGUUUGGUUUCUCUCUAAAUUAGCUGAAGAUAUUUAAGGAUUGGCAAGAAAGUUGCUGGUAUAAGUGCUUUAUGAAGUUACUAGAGGUUCAGCCUGGAUAUGAUUUAGGACUUUAGACAAGAGUGUGAGAUGGAAUAGGAGUUUUCCAGUAAAUGUUGUAAAAAGUGCUUUCUAGGACGUAGGCGUGUACGUGCGCAGCUAUAGGUUCCUUGAAUUGUGUGUAGCGUUUCCACAAAUAAGUUGUCAUGUGCGUGCUGGGUACUGCUGAUGGUUUCCUGUGGAGUCUGGUGUCUCCUCACACUCCCCCCUCCCUGCCUUCUGUCAAGAUGUUCCACUGAUGUUACAUUAUAUACAGCAAAACGAGAUGAACCUCGCACCCCAGCCCCCUUGGGUGGUGGCUCUUGACUUUUGUCUCAUCAUCCUUAAUUCAAAAACUUGAGACAUCUAGCCCCCACUGAAUGUCCCAUGAGAACUGGCCCGGCCUGCUGUCUCCAAGGGGACUGGACAGUGCAGAAGAAUUGGGACUGUGCCGAGUCCUUGUGCCUCUUGCAGCUGUCACCUAGACACCCAGCAGCCUGCUGCGCCUGCUUUCAUCUCGCCGGGGGCUUCGCCACCGGAUGCCUGUGGCUCUGCCAUUUGAUUGGUAUUUUUAACUUUCACUUGGAUGAAACUUGUUCAUCAUUUUAAAUAAAGCAACUUGAUUUGGA